AUGAAAGCACAGGGCUGGUAUGAAGAGGAUUCAGAACUUCUUUCCAGAGGCAAAUUCAUCGCUCUGGAAGUUUCGGACCAUGAGGACGACUACAACUCGUCCGACGACGAUGCGGAACCUGGAAAUUUGCAGACUAUGACGGCGAUAUCAGAGACGUCCAGCGUGGCACCCAGCACGGUUAGAACACCGGAGCCCGCAGGUCCUGUCGGAAGUGGUUCUAAACGAUGGUCGAUUCUAUCUAACAGCUCAAAGAAAAGGUGGUCCUCACUUUCUUUUACAAGUGAAGAGCGCCGUUUGAGCCCCGCAGCUACGUCGGCGUCGAGGAAGAGACGGUCCACCGCUAGCGACGACAAGUCUAAACGUAUGAUCGUCGACGAUUCCACGGGUCAGUUGGCGCAGGGAAACAGCCACACUAGUACUGCGGACGCUAAGAGCGCUGGAUCGCAUAGUGGAUCUACUUCAAGACGAGUGUCAGUUUCGUCGUCGAUGUCAAAUUUGAACCGCUCUUCAACAAGCACCUCGUUACGCCAGAUGUUUGGGAAAAUCGGCUUGCAAGAUGAAGAAAAAGAGAACUCGAAAAGCGCAUCUCGGGGCUCUAUCGUCGGAAAAGGGGCUCCUCGGCGCAACACUGCGCGAGCCACUUUGGGGGAACUCGACACGAAUGUUUUUGCCUCGUUGAGCCACCGAAAAUCCUUCGCGGACAACGCAAGUGUAGUGUCGGGCAGAAGUAUGUCAUCGACAUCAUCUGCGUCCUCAGGCUCGAAGUGGAAAUUCUGGAAACGUAACUCGGACGUUUUUGAUCCUUACUCGCCCAGCAUCUCUGGUUCGCCGCAACAACUACAUUCGAACGCUAGUUUGAAAUCAAGAAGGUCGCAAUCUUCGCUCAAACAAAAAAACUCGCAUUCGUCUCUUAAUAAAUUAAUAUCGCAUCGUAACUCUGUGACGAGUGAGUCAAUAUCGCUGCCAAUUCCGGACCAAGUGUCUAGAGACAAGUUGCGUACCAAACUGCGUAACUCGACGUCGAUUAUGUCUAUGAACUCAGCCAUGGCGAAGGAUGACUUGUACGAAUUCCAAAUGUCACAGUUGCUAAAACUCUGUGACCAAACUGAAAUGAUUGCGAUGGAGAAGCUAUUUCCGGAGUGGUCCAAGAUGACUAAAAUCUCCAAGCAUGUAUACCGUUGGCAGGAUUCCGUUUACAAAUUUCUACCGUUGGGACAGGACGAGUUCACGCACACAAAAAAUGUUCGUCUAAAAGAGCUGGAGCUUUUGAAGCUGAUGUCAGGGACUCCAGGAUUUACUCAAAUGAAGUCGUGCCAUCUGGCUCUUAUUCGCAAAGAACCGUAUUUAAUAUGCGAGUUGAAGUACGCAGGUGUUCCACUGAAGAAGGCAAAGAUCAAAGAUUGGAGUACCGUGGUCAACAUUUUGUGGCAGUGCGCGGUGAUAAUUUAUGCAGCAGAAACAAAGUACCAAUUUGAACAUCGCGAUCUGCAACUCGACCACAUUUUGGUCGAUUCCAAUAAUAACGUAACCUUGUGUGACUACAAACUUGCGCGUGCCUUUGACGGAACGACUGUGCACUAUACAAGAUUGGACCAUCCUCUUUUUUUUCAAGGACGCGGAGACUACCGAUACGAAGUCUACAACACUAUGCGCCAUUGGUGUACGGAAGGCUGGUCCCAUUUCGAUCCCCGCAACAACUUGCUCUGGCUACAUUACCUGGGGGUUAAGCUCAUCGAGAAGCACAGAGCCAUGCCCCAUGAUGCACACUACUCGGAGCUUUUGAAUUUGGUUGCCCAGGUGAACCCUCACCGUCGUCGCAGAGCGAUCUUCCGCCGGAGCGACCAAAUAUUGAGCUGUGGUGAUCUCUUGCGGCUGAAAAGGUAG